AUGGGCUCCGGCUCAUCCUCGGCGAAGAAGGCGCCGCCUAAGGAAGAAAAACCGCCAGAAGCCGAACAACCCCCACAAACAGACCCUCGACUCCCAUAUGCUAAUUUUCGGGAGGUGUUCACGCUCAAGAAUUUCUGGAAAACGAUUCGACGUAAUGACAAGGAAUGCGCGAAAAAGAUGUUCGCCGAGUACUUGAAGCAGCAGUCGGAGAACAAAGCAAAGUAUGGACGAUUGAAGAAUGUGGAUGUGUCGUCGAUAGAUGCCGCUUGUAGUGACCCGGCGUUUGAGGCGAUGGCUCAGAAUUAUUUGAAGGUGUUUGAUGAUGUUAUCGGGGCUAUUGAAGAGAAGCCAGCAGACGUGCAGGCAGCUUGUGAUCGGCUGAUGUCAGUAGGGAAAAUGCAUCGGAAUAAAGUACCUGGCAUGGACGGCUCACAAUUUCAACAACUCGAAGAACCCUUCCUCUUCAUGGUUCAAGACGUACUACAAGACCGAUUCAAUGAAAAAGCCGAAACCCUUUUCCGCAAAUUCUUCCAAUUCUGCCUGAAAUUCCUCCUCGAAGGGUUCUCCAACGCGGUGAAUAGCCCCGGAACGGAUGGGAAAUACCUAAAGUUUGUGGUAAUCUCUGACACCCAUCAGCAAUUGGACCAGAUUAUGGAUCGAAUUCCGGAUGGAGACGUCCUGCUUCACUGCGGGGACUUCACCAAUUUUGGUGGACUCGCGGCUAUUACUGAAUUUAAUGAUCUCAUUGGGCAACUGCCGCAUCGCCAUAAAAUCGUCAUUCCCGGAAAUCAUGAAGGCGGAUUUCAUUUAACCGGUUCCAACUUUCAAAAGAAACGAUUGGAGCUGUUGACCAAUUGUCGGGUACUUUUAGAUGAAAGCAUUAAGAUCGAAGGUAUCAAAAUUUACGGAAGCUCUUGGCAUAUAUUGCCCGGUUUCUCGUUUUACGUAAAGCAAUCGGAGAUUGGGAAAAUGUGGGCCAAGAUUCCUAGAGAUACCAAUAUUUUGAUGACUCAUGAGCCACCAAAAGGAUAUUGUGAUAUGGGAAGGCGGGGUGGUCAAACUUAUGGAGAUGUCGAAUUGUUGAAAGCGGUCCAAGCUCGGAAUAUCGACUUCCAUGUCUUCGGCCAUAUCCAUGAAUCGUACGGUGUGAUGAGCGACGGGAAAACAAUUUUCAUGAAUGCUGCUCAAUGUGAUCAG